AUGAACCCCAACAACCAGCAGCAGUCGAACCGACUGCAACUGAACUUCGGUUUCCAGGGAGCUCAGAACUUCGGCGGCGCUGAGCAGGGCCGCGCCUAUCCCACCACCCCCUCGACCUUCCCUCAGCCGUUUCCCAACACCCAAGGACAGCAAGAGGUCUGGGGCACCGCCCAGCCUGGUAUGAACUCUGGCUUCACCAACCAAGGCUACUUUGCAAACAACCCCUAUACCUCGGCCCAAGCACAGCAGCAACAACAACAACAAGCACAACAAGCACAACAGCAGCAACAACAGCAGCAGCAGCAGCAGCAGCAACAGCAAUACCACGAUGCUGCAACCAAUGGCCUGGUGCACCAGUUCUCCAACCAGAACCUUGGCGGUCCACCUCGCGCCCAGAGUCCUUAUGGCCGUCAAGUUUCACCCAACCCCAAUCGUCCACGAACCGCCAAUUCGACCCACCAACAACAGCAACACUACUCCGGUCCGUCUUUGACAGAUGAAGAGGCACCGCCAAAGAAUUCGGAGCGCUUCUCGACAAGCAUAGGCAACCGAGCAAAGCUGCAAACCGAACUGGUCAGCACCUUUUUCCGUGACAGUGUAGAACGAGCUCGUGACCGAAAUGCCCGUGCCCAAGAGCUCGAGACAAUCAUGAAGGACCAAACUGUGUCGGACGCACGCAAACAGCAGAAGACGACUAGCAUGCGUCGCUCUGAAGCAAACUUCCUCCGCUUCCUCCGUACCAGCGAGAGACCCCAGAAUUACACGACCCUUAAGAUUAUUGGAAAAGGUGCCUUUGGUGAGGUCAAGCUUGUGCAACGCAAGCACGAUGGCAAGAUCUACGCCCUCAAGUCUCUUGUCAAGGCCGAAAUGUUCAAGAAGGAUCAACUCGCCCACGUCCGCGCCGAGCGUGAUAUCCUCGCCAACGCCGACAGUCCCUGGCUGGUAAAGCUACAUACCUCGUUCCAAGAUUCGACCUUCCUUUACAUGCUCAUGGAGUUCCUGCCGGGUGGUGAUUUGAUGACCAUGUUGAUCAAGUACGAGAUCUUCUCCGAGGACAUUACCCGUUUCUACAUGGCCGAAAUCACACUUGCUUUGGAGGCAGUGCACAAACUGGGCUUCAUUCAUCGUGACAUCAAACCCGACAACAUUCUGCUAGACCGCGGCGGCCACAUUAAGCUCACAGAUUUCGGUCUCUCCACCGGCUUCCACAAGGAACACAAUGCUUCAUAUUACCAGCAGCUCAUGUCGAAUGCCCGCUCGCGAGCCACUGCUGCCAACCGCCAAUCAGUCUCCCUCGACCAGAUCCAGUUGACUGUCAGCAACCGCCAUCAAGUCAACACCUGGCGCAAAUCGCGUCGUCAGCUCGCCUACUCGACCGUCGGUACUCCCGACUAUAUUGCUCCCGAGAUCUUCAGCGGCAAGGGCUACGACUACCGCUGUGAUUGGUGGAGCGUUGGCACCAUCAUGUUCGAGUGCUUGAUUGGUUGGCCCCCGUUCUGUGCAGAGGAACCCCACGACACAUACCGCAAGAUUGUAGACUGGCCCAGAAACUUGCACUUCCCUCCAGACCAACAAAUUGGCCCCGAGGCAGAGCACUUUAUUCGCAGCUUGAUUUGCGACGCCGACAACCGUCUGGGUCGCCUUGGAGGUGGCACAGAGAUCAAGCAGCACCCCUUCUUCCGCGGAGUUGUCUGGGACCAGCUCCGUCGCAUUCGUGCUCCCUUUGAGCCCAAGCUCUCUUCUGCUGUCGAUACACAGAACUUCCCCAUCGACGAGAUCCCGCAGACGGACAACAGUGCUGCUCUACGCGCCCAGAACGAGGCUAUGGGCGGCGAGGAAGCCAGCAUGAGCUUGCCAUUCAUUGGCUACACGUACAAACGCUUCGAUGCAUUCCGUGGAAGCUGA